UGAGGAGGGCGCGCCAAGGCAGAGCUGGAGAGGGAAAGCCGGGGAGGGCCGGGACAGUGCAAGGAGAGCUCCGCCGCUUGUAGCCGAAGGCCGGGUCGAGGAUGCUGUUGCUGCUCCCGCUGUGGCUGUUGCUGCCGGAGCUGGCGCUCCUGGCGCCGGCUCAGAAGUUUUCAGCGCUCACGUUUUUAAGAGUGGAACAAGACAAAGACAAAGAAUGUAGUGUGGAAUGCACAGGUUCCCCCCAGAAGUCCUUGUGUGCUUCAGAUGGCAGGACUUUCUUGUCUCGGUGUGAAUUUCAACGAGCAAAAUGCAAAGAUCCUCAGCUAGACAUUGCCUACAGGGGAAACUGCAAAGAUGUUUCACGAUGUGUGGCAGAGAGGAAAUAUACCCAGGAACAAGCACGCAAGGAGUUCCAGCAAGUAUUCAUUCCAGAAUGCAAUGAUGAUGGCACUUAUAGCCAGGUUCAGUGCCACAGUUACACAGGCUACUGUUGGUGUGUCACUCCUAAUGGUCGUCCAAUCAGUGGUACAGCUGUAGCACAUAAAACUCCACGUUGCCCAGGAUCUCUAAAUGAGAAGCUGCCACAGCGUGAAGGUACAGGAAAAACAGAUGAUGCCUCAGCUCCUGCACUGGAGCCUCAGCCCCAAGGAGAUGAAGAAGAUAUAGCUUCUCGUUACCCCACAUUAUGGACUGAGCAAGUAAAGAGCAGACAAAAUAAGACCAAUAAAAAUUCUGCAGCAUCAUGUGACCAAGAGCUUCAAUCAGCAUUAGAAGAAGCUAAGCAGCCCCAGAAAGACAAUGUAUUUAUUCCAGAGUGUGCUAAUGGUGGGCUUUACAAACCAGUGCAGUGCCACCCCUCCACAGGAUAUUGUUGGUGUGUCCUUGUUGAUACAGGGCGCCCCAUUCCUGGUACAUCCACAAGAUAUGAACAGCCGAAGUGUGAUAACAGUGCUAGAGCUCAUCCAAGCAAAACAAAAGAUGUGUUCAAAGGGCGCCAGCUGCAAGGUUGUCCUGGAGCCAAAAAGAAUGAAUUUCUGACCAGUGUUCUGGAUGCACUCUCCACGGAUAUGGUCCAUGCUGUCUCUGAUCCUGCAGCAUCUUCCAGCAGGCUUUCAGAACCAGAUCCAAACCAUACCCUGGAGGAGAGAGUUGUUCACUGGUAUUUUAAACAACUGGAUAAAAAUGUUAGUGGUGACAUUGGCAAAAAAGAAAUCAAACCUUUUAAGAAAUUCCUGAGGAAAAAGUCCAAGCCGAAAAAAUGUGUGAAAAAGUUUGUGGAAUACUGUGAUGUGAACAAUGACAAAUCUUUGACAGUUCCAGAACUAAUGGGUUGUCUGGGUGUAACAAAAGAAGACAACAAAGCAGAUACAAAGAAACGCCAUACUGUUCCCAGAAGUCAUGCCGAAAGUACUCCUUCCAACAGGCAGCAAACCUCAAAGAAGCAAGGCUGAACACUUCCUAUCCAAGGCAGAUCUCUCGGACAUGUGGGAGACUCCCUCACCAAAGGUCCAUAAAGAGCAACCGUAGUAUUUGCACUUUGUACUUUAAAUGUAAAUUCACUUUGUAGAAAUGAGAUAUUUAAACAGACAUUUUUUUAAAAAAUCUGUGAAAAUGUAGUAACAGCUUAUUUUAAACAAUUACCACAUACAAUGUAUGUGUCUUUUUUGUUGUCUGAAAUCUGUUUGUGUUGGAGAUGUAAAAGUUUGCAUUUAAUCUGUUUUAAAAAGAAUAAUGUUCUGUCUGAUAGAAACUAGCCUGAUAGCAUAUACUCUGUGUGUGUGUGUGUGU